CUCCCCCUAUACGAACAUUGGUUUGACCUAAGUCCGCACUGCACUGUUUACAGCUGGCGUUAGCAGCAGCGUGUCUGCAACAAGAUGCGGAAACGUCUGAUUUACAAAGAAAUUAUGGGAAAAUACCAGUGAGGAAAUCGGAAUUAAAGGUUUUAAAGCCCCACUGAAAUGUCUCAGUGUCACUUUGAUUGUGUCUUCCACAAAGUCAGGUCAUCAAUAAGACUGGAAGCAAUGGGCACAUGACCUACUACGCUGGGGCUACCAAAUCAGCUGCCUGAUUGAGCAAUGGCUGCAUUUGAACAGAGCACAACCCGGAGUCCCUCGCAAAGGGGUCCCUCUAUCCUUAGGAAAACUGAUGGGCUGGAUUACCCAAAAAUGGAGGCAAGCCAAACAGGCUCUUACGUCCGGACUCAUUUAACAAACACUCCUAAUUCCUCAGACUCUUCCCUGAUCUUCCCAAAUAUCUUGCCUUCCCUUGAAUCAAGAGUUACCCCGGCUAACCCUAAACUUACCCCUGCCUACCUGUCGGAACCCUGCCUGGGAAGGCCCCUCUCACCCAGUGAACAUGCCCCUUUCCCUGCACUGGUAUCCAUGGCAGAGUUGUCGCAUUCAGUGGGGGCAGUGGGCACACAGCUGGCCCGCAGGGAUGCAGUGUGGAGGGAGGGACUGGGGCUGAUGGCAGCCACACUCGGAGUUGACAUUCCCAUCCAAACUGUACCAGCAGAUAUUCAGAAAUCGGAGAGAAUUUCUGAGGAGACACCAAACCUGAUCAGACUGCCCGAUAAAAGGGCUUCUGGGAAAAGUGAAAAGUCACAACACGUGGGAAUAACUGGCAGUGAGGUAUCAGAAUUGCUGGUGAAGAACCGACGCUUGGGAAAGGUGCAGUUUGUUCAUCUGAACAUCAAAGAAAAAUGUGCCUACAGGCCCUAUGAUCUGCAAGUGGCACCGGAGAGCCAGGUGGACCCUGAGCACUACAUAUUCUCUCCCUUCUCUGUGUUGCAUGUGCAGCCCGACCACAGCUCAGAGCUCAUGACCUUGGGGGAGUGGCACAGGGAUUCUGUGCUGUGGAGGGCACUACAGGAAAUUCCCUUCUUCAGGAAAUUUCUGUUGCGGAAAACUUUUAUAAAGUGGCACACAAAUGUACGCCAUCUCUGCUUGUUGAAGAGACGUGAUUAUUUACAGAGAACUCACCUACUAGCUGUGCCUCAGUUUGGGGCAGCCCUGCUCCAGUUCUCCAGACUGAUAGAAGAGCUAAAGAGAGUCCACUGGCUGCCCGUGGAUGACUCACAGAGCUACACUCUUAUCCAGUUCCAGGGGGCCCUCUACAGGAAAAACCAUGAGGCCAGGGGCCGCCUUGAGAAAUUUCUUCAGUACCGCACUAUUAUAUUGAACAUGGUACAAGAUGACAGUUAUAAGGUAUUUCAGGACCUGCAGACCCAGUUUGAGAAGGCUAAGUCAGGCUUUGGGACACAGUCUAUCUCUCUACAGCACACCCAACAGAUAGAAGUAUAUAAGAGUUUGCAGGAGGCAAAGAUCAUCCUGGAGAGGCUUGGGGACAUGGCCUCCUUAGCUGAUCACAUGAUUAUCCAGAACCUGGUUACUAUUGCACAGCGAGAGGUCACCACCUUCAUCAAGAAGGUCAUGCAGGAAGGACAGCUGGACAGACGCAGCCUAUUCCAGGCUCAUCUUGUGUUCGACAGUGACAGUCAGCUUACCCUGUUUCCAAGCGCUCAUCUAUUUGCAGACACCCUAUUAGGGGCUCUAAAGUCUGUGGCUGAUUCGGCUCUUCAGGUUUUUGACUUCUUCAAUAACACGUCAGACAACCAGGACACUGAAACAGAGAAUAAACCUGCAGGGAAUUGGAGCAGCCCUCAAUGGGACACAUGCUUCAAAGGUCUAGGAGACACAGACAGUGAACUGAGCGAUAUUAUGGUGCCCAAGCUUGUGUCUCACCUGCACUCCAAGGUUUCCAAAGAACCCAGAUUGAUAUUUUCCCAGCUGGGAGCAGUGAGGGUUAGCGGACACCAGGUGAAGGGGCAGUACUACACACUGUGCAGAGAGAAACUGGAAUGGAAUCUGCUUUUACAUGGUGGAGUCCAAGAGGCUGAGAGAAAACUGCAUGAGAUAACAGAGGCGUUGAGCCGCUCGCUCAACAAGAGCAUCAAACGCUGGCCCUGGAGAUGCCUCCGGUUCCUGCAGCAGCUCAUCCAACAAGCUGCAAGAACAUUCAUCCUGCUGAGAUCCCGCUUGGGUGGUCCCUAG